AUGAAGUAGUAAUCAUCAAAUUAGAUUGAAGUUUUUAAAAAGAGCCCAGUCGAGAAUAUCAACCUACUUAACCAAAUUAUCCCAUAGCUCAUAAAGGACUUUUAAAAUUAGGCCUUAAAAGUAUUUAAGAAAUUAGAUCAAAUUAUACAAGUCUUACUAGAAAAAGAACUCCUUACAUAAAACGAAUAUAAAAUCAUAAUCCUAAAUCAAGAUGACUCCCAUUUGCUUGAUACUCAUAAGUUCAUUGUCAAGAGAAUUAAAGUGUUGUUAGAGAAUAUAAUUGAAUAGGCCAAGACAGUAGAUCACUUUGGCGAGAUCACAAAAUUUCUAAUGGAUGCGAAUGAGUAAGUAUUGACUUAGGCAAGGACAAAUCAUGCUUAAAAUCAGGAAGAGGAGCCUUCAGUAUUGUCACUAUUGUAAGCAGAAAAUACAUAUUUGCAGUAGAUACUAGCUAAGGGUUUAAAACAGAAGGCAGAGAAAUAUGAGAAUCAGAAAAUGCUCACAGAUACUUAUAUUGAUAUUUCAUUGUCCGCUCUUAUCGGACUAAAUCUUAACUAUGAGAAAUUUAAGUCUGAGGAGGUUUACAAGAUAUUAAAGGACUUGCCCGUAUUGGAUCAUUUAGAGGACAAUAUGCAGAUACUAAUGAUUAAAAGUUCUGAAGGAGAAAAAGAUGAUUUUUAUAUCGAGAGUCAAGAAGAAGGUGAGGGUGAGAUUGAUUAAGAAUUAUACAAGCAGCUUAUUGAGAUGACUAAGCAAUAAAUUUAAAAGACUUUCAUGAGGUGGUUACCAUCAAUUAAAAAUAAGGAUAUAGUUAAGUAAAUUCUCGAGGAGAUGAAUAAGUGGGUUAUUCCUAACUUUUAAAAUCCUAUUCUAUUAAGCGAUUUCUUGACCAAUCAGCUUGAUUAGAAUGAUAACACUGAGAUUUAAUUCCUAGCACUUAAAGGGAUAUUUAUACUUUUGGAAAAGCACGGACUAGACUAUCCAAACUAUUAUAAGAAACUUUAUACAAUGAUCCAACCUACUCUGAUCUUUGAAGAGAAAAAGCAGACUGUAACAAUGAAUUCGAUCUUUCAAAUGUCAGAUAAGCAUCGUUUCUUGAGGCUGUUUGACUUGUCAUUGAGAUCAGCCUCAUUACCAUCAAAGCUUAUUGCUUCUUUUAUAAAGAGACUAGCAAGAAUAGUAGUUUCUUAUGGCGCAUGCUUCACACCCUAAGAUACAAUGUUCAUUGUUUCAUUUAUAGCUAACUUGAUCAAAAGACACCCGAGAUGUAACAAACUACUUGUCAGGAAAGCAUUAGACUCUCAAGUGAGGACUAUUUAAAACGAUCCAUUUAAAGAAGAUGAGGCAGAUCCAAUGGAGACCAAAGCUCUGCACUCAAGUCUCUGGGAAAUCGAAGUUAUAAUGAAGUAAAGUAUUGAUUAAAGGGUGAGAGAUUACACAAAGAUGUUCAAGACUGAUCUUAUCAAGAAGAAUUCUUUCUUUAAAACAGAUGAUUUUACUUUGGUUGACCCUAUUGAAGUGCUUGCUUUGGAUCUGGCUGAGAUUGAUGAUGCAAAAGAGGCUAAAGCUUUGAAGAAAAAUCUCCUGAUUAAGAAUAAGCAAUAAGUUAAAUUAGUUGGAGUUAAAAGAAACAGCGACACUUUGGAAUAAAGAGGGAGUUCUAGAUAUGAAUAUGAUCAAUAUGAUCAGGGUGAAUCUUAUAAAAGAUUUAAAUAUGGAGAAGACUUUGAAGAGAUGGGUGAAAUUUUAGCAUUAAGACAGUGA